UCCUUCAGUUUGCCAGUUCCACUCAGUCUCUCUCCUUCAGUUUCGUGACACAAUUUGCAAAGUAGGCAGAGAACACAACCACCUAUGGGAAGCACCGUCGUGCUGUACACAUGGAUGGUGAGGGGUCACCUCCACCCCAUGACGCAGCUCGCGAAUCACCUCGCCGGGCAUGGCGUUCCCGUCACCGUCGUCGUCGCCGAUGUUCCGUCCACAGGUGACUCCCCACAAACCAUUGCCCGCCUCUCUGCCUCCUACCCUGCUGUAUCCUUCCACCUGCUCCCGCCGGCAACAACUCGCUCUGAGGACGCGGCCGAUCCCAACGCCGACCCUUUCAUCACCCUCAUCGCCGACAUCCGCGCCACCAACGCUGCUCUCCUCGCCUUUCUGAGAUCUCUCCCGUCUGUGAAGGCUCUCAUCACCGACUUUUUCUGCGCGUACGGGCUUGACGCAGCCGCGGAGCUCGGCGUCCCAGCCUACGUGUUCUUCACCCUUUGCGUGUCGGCUCUUGCCACCUUCCUGCAUAUCCCCGUCAUGCGCUCCGCCGUCUCCUUCGGGGAGAUGGGUCGCUCCUUGCUGCACUUCCCUGGAGUUCACCCAAUUCCGGCGUCCGACUUGCCGGAGGUCCUGCUCGAUCGUGACAACAGGCAGUACAGUACCACUCUUGGUCUCUUCAAGCAGCUUCCCAGAGCGAAGGGCAUUUUGUCGAACACGUUCGAGUGGCUGGAGCCCCGCGCCGUGAAGGCGAUAAAGGAGGGAAUUCCCCGCCCCGGCGAGUCACUGCCGAAACUGUUCUGCGUCGGUCCAUUGGUCGGCGAGGAGAGAGGGAGCAACGCGGAUCACGACUGCCUAGUGUGGCUGGACAAGCAGCCGGCGGGGAGCGUGGUCUUCGUCUGCUUCGGGAGCGCGAGCUCGGUGCCGGCGGAGCAGCUAAAUGAGAUAGCCGUGGGGCUGGAGAAGAGCGAUCACGCGUUCCUCUGGGCCGUGCGCGCGCCUGUCGCGCCGGAUGCCGACUCGACGAAGCGGUUCGAGGGGCGGGGUGAGGCGGCGGUGGAUGCGCUGCUGCCGGAUGGAUUCUUGGACAGAACACGGGGGCGCGGAAUGGUGCUGUCGUCCUGGGCGCCGCAGGUGGAGGUGCUCCGGCACCCGGCGACUGGAGCGUUUGUGACGCACUGCGGGUGGAACUCCACGCUGGAGGCGGUCAUGGCGGGGGUGCCGAUGCUGUGCUGGCCGAUGUACGCGGAGCAGAGGAUGAACAAGGUGUUCGUCGUGGAGGAGAUGAAACUUGGGGUGGCCAUGAACGGCUACGACGAGGCGAUGGUGAAAGCGGAGGAGGUAGAGGCCAAGGUGAGACUGGUCAUGGAGUCCGAGCAAGGGAACGAGAUCAGGCAGAGGAUGACGAAGGCGCGAGAGAUUGCUGCCAAUGCACUGGAGAUCGGUGGAUCCUCGGUGGCAGCAAUCGUUGACUUGCUGGAUAAUCUGAAGAUUUCGACAAACGACUGAAUCGUUCAAGGCAUCAAGGAUUGCAAAGAGCCUUUUUAACAACUUUAUUACGACUCUCUUCGUCCUAAAUUAUUUGUCCUAAAUUUGUCUAGAGACACGAAAAUAUGUAGACAUGUUAAUCUGGGACGGAGGUAAUACUGGUAAUUUGCUUUUCUUUCGUGCAGUGAAAAUGUGGAAUGAAGGCGUUA